UUCAAGAGAAGAAAAAUGUCUUCUACUAAGUCCUCAGCUCAAAUGCUCAAACAAGCAAAACCAUUUGUGGCUCUGAUUCUGCAGCAAUUUGGCUAUGCAGGAAUGUCCAUAAUCUCUAAGGCUGCUCUAAACCAAGGGAUGAGCCAACACGUGCUGGUAGUUUACCGACAUAUUGUGGCAGCUGUGAUAACUGCACCUUUUGCAAUCAUGUUAGAGAGGAAAACAAGGCCCAAGAUGACCUGCUCUAUCUUUUUCAAGAUUAUGUUGCUGGCCUUCUUGGAGCCUGUAUUGGACCAGAACUUGUACUACACUGGGAUGAAGUACACAACAGCAACUUUUGCAACUGCCAUGUGCAACGUUCUUCCUGCAUUUGCAUUUAUAAUGGCUUGGAUUUGUAGGCUUGAGAAGGUUAAUAUUAAAAAACUACAUAGCCAAGCAAAGAUACUGGGAACCAUAGUGGCCGUUGGGGGAGCAAUGUUCAUGACCAUGUAUAAUGGACCAGUGUUGAAUUUGCCAUGGGCAAAGCAUGUUAACCAUCUUCAUGAUUCUGUAAAUGCUGCAAAUAAUCAAAACUCUCUCAAAGGUGCUCUAAUGAUUAUAGCAGGAUGUGUAUGUUGGUCAAGUUUCAUCAUACUACAAGCGAUCACACUGAAGUCAUAUCCUGCUGAGCUCUCCCUAACAUCUCUAAUGUGCUUGAUGGGAGCAGGCCAAGGCACAUUUGUGGCCUUGGGAAUGGAAUGGGGCAACCCUGCAGCCUGGUCCUUACGCUCACAAUCGAUGAUAUUAGCGUCUCUAUACAGUGGGGUAUUUCGUUCUGGUUUUGCUUACUAUAUUCAAGGAAUAGUGAUGAUACAAAAGGGACCUGUUUUUGUGACUGCUUUUAAUCCGGUUGGCCUUGUAAUUGUUGCAAUAUUGAGCUCCUUCAUUUUGUCAGAGCUAAUGUACUUGGGAAGGGUUAUUGGAGCUGUUAUCAUUGUAGUAGGCCUAUACAUGGUUCUGUGGGGUAAGAGCAAGGACAAGCCUCCAUCGGAACUUAUUGAAAAAGAUUUACCAACAACAGAUGAACAAAUGACCGUGAAAAACGAAACUACGAAGACUCAAAAUCAAGAACUUCCGGCCAUUGAUGACACCAUAAAAAGAUCAGGAGAAGAAUUUGUUUGAAGGAACAAAACAUAGCAUUAUUUAGCUGAUUUGAAGUUUUAGUUUCCAGCUUGUAGUUAUCUAUACCAGUACUUAUUCUUUCCUUUAAAUGGUCAUCGCAUAUUAUAACAAGACUCAAAUUUAGUGGUUUAGAAAAGCAAGUUCAGUUCAAGCAAAGCCAAUUUAGAAAAAAAAAACAAAAAACAAAAUACAAAACAAAAGAUUCUUCAAUGGUAAUAAAAGGUGUACUGUACAUACGUUAUUUUACAUUGUUACGAUGUAGAAUUAAGAGUGAAGAAAUAUAUUUUUCCAAUUUAAUUGUUAUUUUUUAAAGGGUAAAUAUCAUUUUGGACAUUGAGUUUUGCAAAAGUUACCGAUCGGAACCUCUAAUUUGUUAACUAGUACCAUGAUCCUAAUCUUGGUCAAACUUUUUUUUAAAUAUAACCAAAGUACCCUACAUUUUAAAAUUAUUUGAUUUAGUAAAUUAUAAUAAAAUAUUAUUAUAUUAAAAAUCAAUAAAAAUUGAUAUAAAACUAAAAAACAAAAAAAAUUAUAUUUUGAAUAAUUAAACAUAAAUAACUUAAUUUAAUAAAAAAACUAAAAUAUUAUUUUAAUUAAAUUAAAUUAAAACAAAAUAUAAAUAAAAAUAAACCUUUAAUCUAAUCUCAUUAAAACAUAAAAAAAAAAAACUAAUAAACUAAAAAACCCUAAAAUGUUAUUUGUCAAAAAGAAAACCCCUAAGUUGUUCUUCACCUUCAUCUGCUUCCUCUCCCUAUGCCAUCUUCAAUCUUCUUAUUGUAGGUCUUCACUGUCCGAAUGGUUGUCACCAAGACGAGGUUUGAAUGAAGAGUUCCAUCGUUGAAAACGAGAUCUGAGUUUGUGAAAGGUCGGAGAUGAGGAGUUCCGUCCCUCCUAACUAUCUAGAUUUGGGUUUGUGAAUUGUUGGCGUCGAGGAGCUUCGUCCCUCCCACAGUCAAGAUUUGGGUUUGUGAAUGGCCUAUGUCAACGAGCUUCGUUCCGCCACAGUUGAGAUCUUGUGUGCCUGUGCGACGGGUGAGGCCGGAUUUGAAGUCCAAGAACUGGCAAGGUCUGAAAACUGACCAAGGUCGUUGAUCGGAGGACAUCUCCAGAUGGGUGAUGAUCGACUGGGCGAAUUCAGUGACUUGCCAAACAGGAAUACUAAGUUAUAUGUUUGAGGACAAAUAAGAAGAAAAAAAAAAGUUGAGUUGUGAUAUUGAUUUUCAGAUGUAAUGUUGAUGUUGAUUUUGAUUUAUUUUUUCUUAAUUUAGGUUUUAAGAUAGUGUUUAGGUUUAGGUUUAGGUUUAAUUUUUAUUUCUUUUAAUCAUUUUAAAGUAUUUUGUAAUUAAAAUAAUAUUUUUAUUAUUUUAUAUCAAUUUUUUAUUGAUUUUUAAUAUAUUAAUAUUUUAUUUUAAUUUACUAAAUCAAAUAAUUUAGAAAAGUAGGGGUACUUUGGUCAUAUUUAAAAAAAGUUUGACCAAAAUCAGGUUCAGGGUACUAGUUUGUUCCGUUUUGUAAAACGCAGGGUCAAAAUUGUCAUUUAACAAAAUAGAGAGUUUGAUCGGUAACUUUUGCAAAACAC